AUGUUGUAAAUAUAAAAGAUAAUAUAACCACUGAGAAUGCAAAUAAAUGUCAAUCAGUCCUAAUAUCUUUAUCGAAAAAAUAGAAAUAGAGAAAUAUAUUGUUUUGAGGAAAAAAGUGAAUUAUUACUAAAAUAAUUAAAAUAUUUACUCAUAAAAAAAGAAUACAAUAUGUUUUGUAUAUUUCUGUCUAAAAUAGCUGUUACAUGCAUCAUUACGUGACACAUAAAAUUAAACAAUAUUCAAACUUUGAGAAUGCAUAUUUAUUUUCAAAUUGAUUAUUCACAGUCAUUUUUUGAUAAAAAAUAUUUGUAUUUGUGUAUAUAUGCACAUACAUAAACAAGCAAAAAAUUUUUAUCACCAAGAAAUGAUUCUAUAAAUACCAUUCAAUGAUUAAAAAACAAAAUAAACUGCGCUUAAUACCUCAUUUCACGUGAAUUGCUUUUCCAUCUAAACAUAUCGGUGCAAGGUACACAAACUACAGAUUAAUCAACAUGCGCAACUCGCACUCGUAUCGAUCGCUACUACCCCUUCACCGUCUGGAAAAUGCAACUCCAUUUCUUAAGCUAACUAUACUCCUUCAAGAAAAAAAAGAGUUAAAAAACACGCAAGCGCUGAGAACCUGACCUGAUGUUGUCUCUAUCGCGACACUGUCGCUCUAUAGUUCGCAGACGUUUAAGCCGCGACCAUGUUGCAUUCCUUCCGCGUAUCCUCCACGCGCAACAUCGCGUACCAAAAAGACAGUGAGUACAGUAUUCAACUGAAUCGCUGGUUUCUGAAACCAAUCGGCGCCUGGCCCGGGACUAAUGUCGGCAUUGCGGACAAGGUACUGUCACGCGGCAUCCAAUUCAUCUGUCACUCUCUGAUUGCUUUUACCGUAAUACCGUGCGUGUUAUACAUUAUGUUUGAACCAAACGUCUAUCUGAAAUUAAAAGCUUUCGGUCCGAUGAUACACUGGUUGAUGGGUGGCGCGAACUACUGUUCAUUGCUGGUGCGUAGCUACGAGAUACGCAAGUGCGUGGAUCAUAUGCGUGCUGAUUGGCAGUACGUAGGAAGGACACGUGAUCGCGAGAUAAUGCUGCAGAAUGCUAAAUUCGGCCGAUUCGUGUCCGCCUUUUGCGCGGUUUUCAUGCAGGGUGGCGUCUGCUCCUAUAGCAUCAUUACCACCCUAACACCGGCGACCAUUCAAAUCGAAAACGUUACAAUGACGACGCAUCAGCUUCCAUGUCCGUUCUACACGGAGUUGGUGGAUACGAGGUACAGUCCGGCGAACGAGAUCGUGAUCAUCCUUCAGCUGUUGUCGACUGUCAUAGUGAAUUCCGUCACAGUGGGUGCGUGCAGUCUCGCCGCAGUCUUCGCCAUGCAUGCCUGUGGUCAACUAAGCAUUCUGAUGAUGGAAUUGAACGAACUCGUCGACGAGACAAAAAGCAAGUACAAUGUCGUGCAACGAAAGCUGGCUAUUAUUGUGGAACAUCAUCUUCGUAUACUGAGUUUUGUAUCGCAGAUAGAAACGAUUAUGCAUCAGAUAUGUCUCGUUGAAUUAUUGGGCUGUACUAUUGAUAUUUGCAUGCUCGGAUACUACACAAUAACGGAAUGGAAAUUGCAUGAUACCAAAAACUUACUUACGUAUUUUACUAUAUUUGUAGCCAUGUCGUGCAACAUUUUCAUAUUUUGUUACAUUGCUGAAAUUCUCACUAAUCAGUGUCAAAAAAUAGGCGAAAUGGCAUAUAUGACAGAAUGGUACCGAUUACAUCAUAAAAUUGCGCUCGACUUAAUUUUAAUAAUCUCGAGAUCAAAUGUCGUUAUUAGAAUAACCGCCGGAAAACUGGUUCAACUAUCCAUUGCGACUUUUGGGGAUGUAAGUUUAUCUAGUAACUUUAAUAUUAAAACUUUUUACGCUUUGCGCGAAUCGACUAUGAAGCGUGAGACUUCUAGUGAGACUACCGUUGACGUUUACAGGCGAGACAAUGAUUACAGUUUACAGUUUAGUCGUUGGAUUUUAAAAUCGAUAGGCGCUUGGCCAGAAUUCAGUACAAAUUCGAUAACCAAAAAUGUCCUAAUGAGUAUUUUGCGAUUAAUGUGUCAUUCUUUAAUAGUAUUUACUAUAGUAUCUUCUAUAUUAUAUAUACUUUUUGAAGAGAAAGAUUUCCGCUUAAGACUCAAGGCAAUAGGGCCUACGAGUCACAUCCUAAUGGGUGGAAUCAAUUACUGCUCGCUCCUGCACCAUAAUAAUCGGAUACGCGUGUCAAUAGAGCAUAUGGAGACCGACUGGCAAACGGUGAAAAGAGAACAUGAUAGGGAAGUGAUGCUGCGAAACGCGAGAGUAGGACGCAUUAUAGCGGCCGUUUGCGCACUUAUCAUGCAAGGCGGUGUUAUUUGUUAUAACAUAGCAAGAGGGAUGUCACGGAUAACUGUGGUAAUCGGCAACAGAACGAUCGAGACAGGUCGCUUACCGUGUCCGUCUUUCAAUAAGAUCGUGGACACCAGACUCAGUCCGGUAUACGAAGUCGUACUAGCAUUGCAGUGUCUCUCGACCAUCGUGGUAAACAACAUUACGAUCGGUGCGUGCGGUCUGGCUGCCGUUUUCGCAAUGCACGCUUCCGGCCAACUCAACGUAGUGAUGCUACGUCUCGAAGAACUCGUUGCUGAGAAACAAGAUCUCCAGUUGAGACUGGCGGAUAUCGUGGAGCAUCAUCUGCGCGCGUUGAGAUUUCUUUCACAUUUGGAAACAAUAAUGCGUCAAAUAUGUUUUGUGGAAUUAGUUGGAUGUACAUUCAACUUAUGUAUGCUGGGAUAUUACACCAUUACGGAAUGGCAUGAAGAAAGCAUAAACACUAUAAUAACAUAUAUUAUGGUGCUGACAGGAAUGAUGUUUAAUAUCUUCAUAUUUUGUUUCAUUGGUGAGCUUGUGACGGAUCAGUGUAAGAAAGUUGGUGAAGCAGCUUAUAUGACAAAUUGGUAUCAAUUGCCGCAUAAAACUGUUAUUAGUCUCAUUUUAAUAAUCUUACGAUCAAGAAUUGUUAUCAAAAUCACAGCUGGAAAGAUAUUUCACAUGUCUAUCCAGACUUUCGGUCUUGUAAUUAAAACGUCUGUUGCAUACUUGAAUAUGCUUCGAACUUUGACUAUGUAAAUAUUGUAUAAUAAAUUACGAGUAUUUGUAAUAUUCUCUAUGUAGAUAUAAUAAAAUAUAUAAAAUUUCUAGUAUAUAAAUUAUUUUACGUAUAAUAUAUUUAAAGAAAUUAAUUUUUUAACUGCAAUCACAAUAUUUGACACAUUAUGAUUGAUGAUAUAAAUUUUCUACAAAAAUGUUACAUCUCAAAGUGUGUAUUACUAAAAAUUUAAUAUUUUUUAGACUGUUCUGUUAUUAUAUUUGAGUAAAACUGGAGCAUAAUUCCUUUCUAUUGGUUUAAAAAUUAUUUAAUUUUUUAUUUGUUCUAGAUUCUUAUGCAAAAUUAAAUAAAAUGUUUAGUAGUAUUUAUUUGCAAACUUGAUAAAAAAAGUACUGUUACAAAUUAAAUCAGAUUUUUACAUAUACUAAUAAAAUUCUAAUAUGAUUUUAUAUACAUACAUAUGCAAUAUUUUAUAAUAUUCCAAGAAUCAAGAAUUCUUUUCAAAAAAUGAGAUUACAAUCUUUACUCCUUUUGCGGAGAAUUUAAAGGUAACAUUAGAAGAGAAUAUAAGUCUUACGCACAGUAAUUCACAAAAUAGUGACGAAUAUAUCCUACAA